AGCCUAAAGGUCAAGAGACAUCUGGAACUGUGACGGAAGAAACUCAACCGAAAGGUCAUGGGACUUCAGAAAAACGGGAGAAAGAAAAGGUCAUGCUCCCAAUGGACAAGGCAGCGGCAGAAGCAGAAGCUGCAUCUGCGCGACAGGUGUACCAGAAAUCAUUGUUCACACCAUUGAAGGAGGCUUUUGAGAAAGAGCGGCCGAAGUCAGCAGAUGAAGUGGGAGGUCACGAGACUUUACCACAGAAGGAGAAAGCUGAUGAACCGAAAUCGGCACAGUCAUCAUCUGGUUCAAUGGCGAAAUUGAGGAUUGACGAAAUGGAGAGAACAGAAGCAACGGACUCGGCAAUAUCCCCCCAGAAAACGGAGAAUAGCGGUACAAAAACGAAAGAGCCGACAGAUUACACGUUAGGAGCACCGUUGGAUGUUAAUAACCGGACAUGGAACGAAGUCCAGGCGGCGAUUCAGAUUACCAGAGAACACGAGAUGCUUGGGACGGAACUGAAAAGACAAGUCGCCGAAAAUUCUAAAGGAAGAUCGUCACUCAGCAUGAGCGAGCGAGUCCUUAAACGGGCGUAUAAGGAAGGAAAGUUGGGAUGCAAAUAUAGCAAGGACAACAAAGUUAUUUACUACCUUCCGAAACAGGGCACGGAUCGUACACCGAGACUUAAAAUGGAGCUGGAGGCCUGGAAGAUAGCCAUCACAGAUGUGGCUUUGGACGCCAUUGGCGGUACCAAUGGAGCGUCUUGGAAUGACCUUUCGAACUUCAUGGCCGUCCAUUACGAACUGGGAGAUUUGAACAUUGAAAACGAUAAAGAGUGGAUCAAAAACGCCGUUGAAGCUCUGAUCGCGGAGAAUGCACUGCAUAUUAAUAAGGACGGCCGAGUGGACUUCAAACCGUAUAACCCGCCGGCGAAAGAGUCUGAGUGAAUGGGACGAGUGUAAUAUGCAGCGAGUAAUGAACCCUGCAUAUUACAUAAAAAGCAUAAAACAGUUAAAAACGAAUGAGAAAAGUUUUACGGAAAAAUGAAAGUGAAAAGUCAAUUCGAUUGAUAAGACUAAUAGAAAAGGUCACAGUAGUCAGAAAGUACUGAUAACGUGAGAAAGGUCACCACGUUACAGUGAUAGAGAGGGCAGCAGGAGCUAGGAAAGUCUCAGCUCAGUAACGGAAUAGGCGUAAAAAUGAUAGAGAAGCCUUGAUAAUGGAUAAGAUGGAAAGAUUAACGUGGAAAAGUUACUAUGAUGGAUUGUUUUCUGAUUGCAGAUUCAAAACGGAGAAAAUGGCACAGAAAGGUCAAGCCACUCCUAAAAGCUCAGGAUCCGCAUCGGAGAUAAACAGAUCUACGGGCUAUAACCCAAAGUGUCCGGACUGUUUAAGGAAUAACAGGAAAGUUGAUAAGAAGUUCCCGUGCUACACAUGUGUUCACAAGUUGGGGGACCCACACAUCGUCUCACUCGUGGGACUUAUGGAAGCUAAACGCGGGAACAUGGAUGUCUUUCGAAACCUCAUUAGUGCGAGGAAUUACGGCAGUAUCCCAGUUGAAGAGCGAAUGCUACUCGAGGAUCGUUAUCGGGAAGCGAUCCGGAAUAACGAAAGUGGCUGGGACGAGACCUUGGAGCCGUUAAAAUGCCCACAAACGGACGCAUACCGGAAGAAAUUUGAAGAGGAUCAGGAAAAGAUGCGGCGGCAACAGCUGGAGGACGAACUCCGGGCAAAGAUUAAUGCGGCGAAUCAAAAGGCGAGCGAACAGGCCGCAAGAGAGGCGAUGCCAAAACCCUCGAGUUCAACUGUACCGACAGCCAGCCUCAACGAAGAAGAAGCGCAACUUACACGUCAGUCUCUUAUCAUCCAGAUUGACACGCUGACGAGUGAUCCGGCCGCUAUGCAACAGGAACUAUUUGAUGCGCUGUUGCGGGAGAAAAGUUGAGACUGCAGAAGGGUUUCGCUCCGGCACCAUACAUAAAGAAGGCAGUUGAAGAACGUAUGGAAGACUGCGCAAAUCCCGUCAGAACGAGAGUAAUGUUCUACAGGCGCUCAGAGGAUUCAGACGAGAUGACGUGUUCACACGGCCCCGUUCCCCUCCGCAUAGAGAAAGGUCACGCGGACAUUCAAGGGAACACGAGCGAAUCUCUGAAAGACGGAGCGAAAGGUCACGUGAACAUUCUCGUGAAAGGACACGGGAUUACCGCAGCGAAAGGUCACGCGAACGUUCCCGUGAUCGCGAUUACCGUGGCGGAAGAGGAUGGGUGCGCCAUGGAAAUGAGAUAACCGAGACAAGUAUUCAGCGGAAAAUCGAUACGGCAAAGAUCUUGGCCGCGACAAGAGGACGUGAAGAACAACGGCGUGCGGAGACUUACCGUACAGAGCCUGAAAAGAAAGGUCAUCAGGUGCCGUUGGAAGUUGGAUUCCGUAACCGCAAUGUUAGAAUGUCAACACCCGAAAGGUCAUGGGAUAAAAGGCGCGAACACACGCGAAAUCGAACGCCAGACCCACAGGAUAAACGAUGGCAGGAAAGAGCCAGGUAUUAUGCGGGUUUUGAAUCUGGCGCAAGCAAAAGGUCAUCGAGCGCAGAACGGGAAGAUUCACCCCCGAAGUAUCAGCGGAUGGAAUCGACAGUCCAUGUAGUGAAUCCCAUCGUGAGUGCGGUACAGGAAGAUGACACGAUGGAAGGGCCCGGCUCAGUCGCAGAAGCGCCUGCGGCGCAAGAAGAUGAUAUGAUGGAAGGGCUCGGUUCAGCCGCAGAAGCGUCCCAAGAUAACGUGAUACACCGAAGAAAUGUGGUCCUUGACAGUGACCCCCAACCAUCCACAUCGACGGGUAUUGAACCGCCGCAGAGCAGACGACGCGAACAAGAAAGUCGGCGCGAACCGGAUGAACGUCGCGAAGUCGGUCGGCGAACGACUUCCCGAUUCAAUAACCGACACCCCGACACAAUCGACAUGGUAUACGAUAUGCGCGACACCGAUGAACAAAAGACGGAAAUCUGCCGAUAUAUGGGGAUUGAAGACGAUUCGGCGGAUGCGAAUAAGAUCCACACAAUUUUGAAUCAGCUGCGUCAAUUUUUAUUCGAUUCGGGCUAUGCGAAAGAAAUUAAAGAGGGAGUGGAACAAGGAAUUUUCCGUCAAUUAUACAUUCCCCGCGACUCAGCAAGGGAUUGUUACCUCCCUAUCCGACGAAACGGAUUACAUAGCCUAUUGGAUUUGAAUUUGUUGGACGUGCCACUGGAUACGACUGACCCAAUCGGGAUGACACAAUUCUAUUAUAGAGAUUAUCCCGAACGACAAGAAUAUGUGGCUCAGUUUGUCUUACGACACGUGAAUCCAGCCUUCAAGUUGCUUGCAGCAAGAGCAUCGAUCGGAUUACACUUGGAUCCUAAAGACCAUGCCGCAAGAAGGAUGGGGCAGAAGGUCUUCGCUGCGAGAUUGGCACACUAUAAGACACAGAACCAGUUGGUGUCAAAUACUAUGAAGGACGAUAUCCCACCGCUCUUCCGACCUCACGUGGCGAAAUUGGGAGAACCGAUGGAACAUGUCGGGAUAGCCCAUACGGCAAGAAAGGCGUUGAAAAAGUGCAAGAUACGAAUGGAAAAGGGCAAUCUUACACAACGCCAUGCCUCCCAAGUGGAAGAGAGGAUUAAUAAGAUUAAAGACACCAUGGGAAGUGACUACGUCGAACCUUUUGACGGAGUUGAAAUGUACAUCGACGAGUUCCUUGUAAAGAAAAGCGAUCGGCGCCCAGAACGCGCUCCUAACCAGAUUGGACGACGUGGCCUACGGAACCAGCAACUCCGCGAUAACCUCGCCGACGUGCAACGGAGAUUGGCGGAUGACCCUAACAACCGGAGACUCCGGUUGGAGGAAAAUGACGCACGCUAUCGAGUCGAGGCGGUUAAAAGAAGUCGCCAAGGUAAAGGCCGUGGUCAGCGAGAAGUUGACCCCGAAAAGGUCAUGGCAGUUGAUUCCAUGGAACCAAUUGACCGGACGUCUGACCGUAAUCAACCGGAAAACGCUAAGAGGCGCCCGCCAAGAGAUGGCGAAGGCGACUCAAAUGAAAUGGAAUAAUGUUGAUCGUUAGGAUCACACUAUUAAAAAGGACGUCUACGGCAUUUUGUCGGCACGUCACACAAAUGAAAAAUGGUGUUGUAUAUGAGGGCGUUAUGACUUGUUCACAUAAACCGUAUUCGUGUAUUUGUUGUUUUCAGCAUUUAUAGCACAGAAUCAGAAAGGGUAAAGAAAUCAUGUGGAGCAUCGAUUGGGGUUGAAAUUGAUUCGGUCUAUAAAGCCGGCCCCAAAGGAGUUGCUACGGCAGUUAGCCGGCUCUCCUCCUUACGCGAUUCAGUGUCAUAAAUUGGCAAGAGAAACUACGGUAAUCAAGCCGGAUCUCUUGCAUACGAAAGUGGGCCACAAGCGGCGAAAAAGAGAAAGACAGCAGGUGGAAAUUUUGAUGGGGUAAACUUGAUGCGGCAGUCAGCCGGCCUCAUUAGAGUUGCUACGGCAAACUAUGCCGGCAAUCUCUCCGAGCGAUUCAGUGUUGAAAAUUAACGAGAGAAAUAGCGGUAACCAAGCCGGAUCUCUCGUACCGAAGUUGGGCCACAGGCGGCGAACAAGAGUCCAAGAUCGGAUGUGGAAGCGUCAUGGGGUAAAUUUAAUGCGGUAGUUAGCCGGCCCCAUCAGAGAUGUUACGGUAAACUCUGCCGGCACUCUGGCCGCUCGAGGCAUAUUGAAGUGGGAUGUGCGACGGAAAGGUCAACCGGCAAGUUCUACCAGGGAGGCAAGCGAAGAAAUGCUUGACGGCCGCAGAAAAUUGGCUAAGUUCCUCCAUGACCUUUGAUGGAAGUUUGAAGAGAAGUUGGAUGACCUUUGGGAUCAUUACCGCCCAAGAGAGUCACCGUAGCAGAAUUUAAGUCGCAUGACCUUUUGGGACCAUUAACCCAAACCGAGUCGCACAUCACAACGGAUCAUCUCAACAAAGGAUGACCUUUACCAGGGAGGAAACGAACUACGCUUGUCUAUACGACGUCCCUCCGUGACUUUUAACGGAUCUCAUUUGAAAGUCGUACAAUUGAUACGCACCGUAUUCCAAAGAUUGAAGCAGUAUUCCUAAGUCGUACUGGAUACGCACCUGAUUCUCAAGCGGAUUGUGAUGAAAAGUCGCACUACGGAUGCGCGGGAUCGCUCAACAGAGCGGAAUAGGCCAAAAAGUGCGGAAAACGGUGGACAGGACCUGUGACCUUUACGAGUCAGAAGUGGAGGAUCCUAGUCUACAUUUGAUUAAUACUUUUGUUGAUCUUUUAACUGUUGAUCUGUUUUGUAUUAAAAUUGAUAUGGAAUAGUAUUUUUAUAAAUGGAUCUCUUUAUUCACAUCGUAUUAAAUGGAAUUGUGCCUUAUGGAAUUGAUGUGAUAAAUGGAAUAAGAGAAUUUGAUGUUUUUGAGCACGCACAGACACCGGCGACCGUCUUUUCGUGGAUUCGGGAGUGUGUCCAGCCUCAACGGAGCUCGGCAUCCCCCCAGAGGCAUGUGAGACGAGGCUCACUAGCGUUCACGUCCGUGGCGCUAGGCGCUACGCCUUUGGAUUACGGUCUGUGUUGUGUCUCGCUUCUGAUUGGCUUGCGCUUUAUUAGUGGGCGCGGCUUAGCACGUGCUGCACAGUGUUACACACUGUUGAAUUGGCUCUACGAUUUGUGAUCGAGCUGCGCCGAUCACUUGUUGAUUUCUGGUCUCCAGACUUUCAAUAUUAUUAAAAGUCAGCUAUUAGCGGUGCGACGUUUCGCGAUUCCGCGUAGUUCGCUAUACUGAUCGCAUAGCUCACUCCACGGGAUCUAUUCCGUUUAGGUCUCCGUAUCUGGAUCACAGUCGGAUCCAGCAUUAGAGCCGUAAGCCGUUUGGCCGCAGCACGAAACCGGAACAGAUCUUUACGGAAACGAAAAUAUAUCAAAGUGUCAAUUUAUUAUUGCGCAAACUGCUGUCUGAAAUCCGGAAAGCAGGGUUAUGUACACGGUUAUUGAUAAUGCAAAUAACGCCUCCUGAUCAAGAAGUAUAUCUUAUUGUAUUCGGAAAGUUUCAAAGCAGCUAGCAAGUAGUUUCCAGAACGUAUGCGGUGAAUUUCGAGCGAAAUCAUGCAAAUAUCAGUGCAAUAUAGAAAUGCUAAGGCGAUUGGGGUUAGCAUGAUCUGUAGAGGGACAGCAUAAUACGAGUAAGCCGCCCAGGCUGAUUAUCGCUUAGUUGUCAGUUGCGUGACCCAAUCUGGGUUCCGGCUGGGCAGCGGGUUGCAUUUAUUAGUUAGUCCCGGCUUCUGUGGUAUCGGCUUGCGCUGAAGAUUACAUCGCUCUGCUCCACUGCUGCAAUGGAUUCUCUUGUCAGUUUCGUGCGGCAAUGAAUUUUUUUAUCAUGGAUAUCCUGCUGACGCUGGUGAUUCUGGUUGCAAUGCGUUUAAUAGUUGAGGCGCAAGGAAGUACCGAAACCAAAGCGCCCGAAAUAUGUCAAAGAACCACUGGCCAAACGAAGCCCUGCUACUGCUCACCAAAAGACGCGUGUUGGCCAACUGAAAACCAGUGGCAGACAUUUAAUGACGCACUAUCCGGCCGUCUUAUCGUUCCGGUACCAACAGCGUUUCCGUGUUAUGGUCCACAAUCUACAAAGACCAGCGAAUGUGAGAAUGUCCAGGCGAAUUACCACGAGUCGAAGUUUCUGAUCAACAAACCCGGAAGCAUGUACAUGGCCAACUGGGAGGAUAUGAACGAAGAUCGCUGCACGUUUGAAGGAGCUUUGCGCCGUAACGCUGUUUGCCAUACUGGGCGUGUUCCACAGUAUGCUGUGGAAGCGCAUGAUGUCGGUGAUAUCCAAAAGGCUUUGCAGUUUGCCACCAACCACAAUCUGCGCGUCGUGGUGAAGAGCACCGGGCAUGAUUAUGUCGGACGUAGUACCGCGCCUGACGCGUUGCUGAUUUGGAUGCGUAACUUUCGCGGAGAAAUACAGACGAAGUCAUCGCUCACUCCAACCGGCUGCGGCGCUGGUCACGGAUAUCCAGAUCCUGUGAUUACGGUACCGGCUGGAAAAGUGUGGAAUGACGUAUACGCCAAAAUCACCCAGUGUUUCAACGGAACAUAUUGGAUCGUCGGUGGAUAUUGUCCGGACGUCAGUGCGGCUGGCGGGUUCACCUUGGGAGGCGGUCAGAGUGUCCUUUCCACGUCCUUUGGCUUGGCUGUCGACAACGUAUUAGAAUUCACGCUAGUGACAGCUAACGGCACGCUACUGACCGUCAGCGCUUGUUGCAAUAAAGAGCUCUUCUGGGCACUGCGUGGCGGUGGCGGUGGAACGUUCGGCAUUAUCACUUCCGUCACAUAUAGACUGCAUCCAGUUUCGAAAGGAUUUUUAUCAUAUUCGCUGAUGAUUACGAACAAAACCGGCACGGGGAAUUUCAGCGCCACUCAGCUGAAGGAUAUUGUGGAGGUAUUGGCACGACACACCGAACGCCUUGGGGAGGUUGGCUGGGGUGGAUACCUCAUUUUCAGCCCUAACGCAGGAGUAACGCUGAUGUUCUUGGUGCCGGCUGAUCGCGCUAAUUCAGCUGCACUGAUGGAAGUGCUAAAGCAGGAUUAUGUCGAAAUGCAAGAGCAAUUCGAAUUUCUUGUUAAGCCGAUCACCGAAGCGGGAGGCAGACAUCUGCUACGUUUUGAGAAUUUCGAGGAUUGGCGCAUGUGGACGACUACGAUCCCAGCAUUCGGUGCUUUUCAAUCCGGAUACAGGACGGCAUUAGGCACGCGCUUUAUUCCCAUGUAUUCUUUAUUGGAUCCCCAAAACACCGCGCGUAUUAUUGUUGCCGGCGCGGCACAGAACAAUCUGGCCAACGGUUUCACCAUCAUCCUCAUUACCGGACCGGGAAUGCGCAAUCGCGAUGCAACGUCACAGGAGACCUCGGUCACACCGGCUUGGCGUUCUGCGGCAUGGUUAGCCUUCCUGUUUACCGGCUGGGACGGGACCACAUCCCAAGAGGAUGUCAACAUGAAAAAGGCGGCACUGAACAGCGGCUUGCAAGUUUGGCGGAAUGCGUAUCCGGACACGGGAGCGUAUCACAAUGAAAUCUUUCCGGAGGAGCCGAACUGGCAGACGGCAGCGUGGGGACACAACUAUGACCGGCUAUUGAAUAUCAAAAAUUCUGUUGAUCCAAGGGGCAUAUUUCAUUGCAGAAUGUGUGUUGGAGAUGAAGACAAAUGAAAAUUAAGCGAAUAAAUUUGUCAUUUGAAAUUUGAAUUGGGUUGCAUCUUUUCUAAUGCACAA